UCCACUCAGUAAAUUCCCCUUCUCAACGCCCCAUCCUCCCCCGCGACAUUUCUACAAAAGUGCCCCCGGGGGGCCAACCGGCUGCCCGCCUUCGCUUCCCUUCUCCUCCAGAAACCAGAUCAUUUCUGCCCCUUACUCGUGAUGGCUGGAAGAAAAAGGAGGAAGUUGAAAAAAUUACCUGAAGAAAGUAGAGAUAAAGAGAAUAAGCCAGAUGCGCAGCAGACCUGGCUGGAGCUUCCAGAGGACCUUUUGGAAAUGAUUAUCUCACGGUUAACCUUGAGCGAAAAUAUCCGUGCUUCUGUUGUUUGUAAACAGUGGCUUGCUGUUGCCAUCUCAGUGCGAGUGGUGAAUAAACCUCCCUGGUUGAUGUUCUUUCCAAAAUAUGGGGACUUGGUUGAGUUCUAUGAUCCUUUGCACCGUACAUUCUAUACUCUUGAGUUGCCUGAGUUAGUUGGCUCCAAGGUUUGUUAUUCGAAAGAUGGUUGGUUGCUUAUAUACAAGACUAGUACCAAUCGUCUGAUGUUUGUUAACCCCUAUACAAGGGAGUUGAUUAAGUUGCCUAAACUUGAAUUGACAUACCAAAUAGUUGCCUUCUCUGCUGCUCCAACGUCUUCUUGCUGUAUUGUGUUUACUAUUAAGCACAUCAGCCCCACCAUUAUUGCCAUUAGUACCUGCCAUCCUAGAGCAGCUGAAUGGACAACCAUCAAUUACAGAAACCGUUUGCCAUUUGUUAGCAGCAUUUGGAAUAAGCUGGUCUUCUGUGGUGGAAAGUUUUAUUGUCUGAGCCUCACUGGUUGGUUGGGGGUUUAUGAUCCAGAAAAGCGCAGUUGGGUUGUUCAUGUACUGCCCCCUCCCAAAUGCCCUGAGAAUUUUUUCGUAAAAAAUUGGUGGAAGAGCAAAUUUAUGGCUGAGCACAAUGGGGAAAUUUUUGUUAUAUACACUUCAUCUGAAGUUAACCCUGUGAUGUAUAAAUUAGACCAAGCAAUUAAAGAAUGGGUGGAGGUGAAAACUUUAGGUGGUCUAUCUAUCUUUGCAAGUUUCUUGUCCUCCCAUGCAAAGAUAGAUCUUCUUGGGACUAUGAGAAAUAGUGUUUACUUUUCUAAGGUUCGCUUUUAUGGAAAGCAUUGCGUGUCAUACUCCCUUGACGAUAAUAGAUACUACCCCAGAAAGCAGUUCUAUGAUUGGGGGGAAGAAGAUCCUUUUGGAAGCAUUUGGAUUGAACCACCUGAAGAUCAUUCAAGCUUUGCUUAGAAAGGCCAGUGGAAUAGGAGCUCACUCUUUCAUUUACAUGAAAGCUCAAGCAAGAUAAUGCUGCUAAUAAGUAUCGUGUAGUUUGAGAUUGUUGAAUUGAAGGGCAGUGCAGCACCUCAUUUCUCUUUGUCAAUUAAUAACGCAUGAAGAUAUGAGUUGUACUUUGGGUUUAUUCUAGGAUGCAGAAUUUUGAGGUGUUUAGUUUAUUUAAUAGAUCAAUAAACUACAACGAGGAGUGUAGAUUUUUCUUUAGACACUUGAGUGAUUUUAUUUCUAUUUUUACUGGCAAAUGCAUUUUGCAAUUAUUGAUUUUUUUUUUA